UACCACACCACAGCGCGACAAAACAAAAACCAAUCGUCUCAACUCUCAACGGCGGGUUCGAGCGCUCGUUUUCCAAAAAACCGGAAUGGCAUUCAAUGCUCAUAUUCAAUGUUCAUCUUUCCCCAUUUCAUCGAUUGUUCAAUGCUUUCUGCAGCGCAGACCAACCGCGCUCGUUAUUUACUUCUCUGCUCUACAUUCAACUUCAAGACUCACUUUCACAACAAUUUAAUGCUCCCCAGGCCAUUUAAUCUCUCUUUUCGCCAUUAUUAAUAGUGUAUAGUAUAUUAUUUAUGGAGAUGGGCCAGCGAAAUGGCGCUCCACUGCUUCUUAUCUCCGCGCAAUUUCUGGAAUCGUUGCCAAACCCUUCUUCUCUGCGAGUAUUUCAAUGUCCUGAGGUUUCUGUUUUCCUUCGUUUAAGUGUGUGAAAGAAAGAAAUUUUCUUCUGAUUUCGGGAAUGAAGUUUCUUGGGUGCUUUUCGGUUCUCUUCUUGGUGGCUGGGGCAGCUUCCAUAUGCAUCGUCUGUUCAUCAAAAGAUUCUGCAGAUUUGGCAUGGCGGGGGAAUGAUAUGCCAUCAACUCCGAUUAACAACCGGAAACUGAAGGAUGCUAGCGCUUAUGAUGGCGAUGGUGGCAAAGCAUAUACAGAUGAUUAUGGUCCGAUCGAUCCAGUGCCAAGUUCAAAAGCUUCAGUGAAACCGGGACCCAUACAGCACGGUACUCCUCUCAUGCCUUAUAUUCCUAUCCCGUCGCCCCCUCCAAGUUCCUCAUCGUUUUUUGGUGUUCCUUAGCCGAACUCCUCUCUGCUUCUGUGUAAUAUAAUCUAUGGUGAAAGGUGUGAUAACUUCUCCAUGUUAACUACUUAUGGCUUAUCAACAGACCAUGCUUUGUAUGAUAUUAUUGCUAUGCUUUUGUUGUAAAUUAUGGGUGGUGUUAUGUGUAUUGUUAAGGAUUGCAGGGUGUGCAAUUCUUGAUUCUUAGUCCAUGGCCUCCAAAAUAUGUACUUUGUAUGUUUGAAGUUUGAACUUAAUGGAGUGAAUGCUUUAUGUUGUUGCAUAAAUUUGUUGUAUUUGAAUU